AUGAGGCUGUCGGCUGAACUCUCGGAUGCGGAACGGUUAUUGACGGUGAGUGAAGCAAUUCGGUCCCGCCAUAGCUCGUUUGUCCCACGGACAGAAGAUGACGGUCAAGUCCUUGUUCCUUCUUGCCUGCGUCGGGUUUUGCGUGAAUGUCGGAGUUGUUGCUUUCGCCGGGGUCACUAUGAUCGCCAGAGUUGUUGCUUGCGCCGGGUUCGCAUGAACGUCAGACCCUUUUAUGCUUGGUUUUGCAUGAACGUCAGAGCUCCGCUCCUUGGUUGGCAUGAACGUCAGAACUCCGCUCCUUGGCUUUUGCCUAGCGCCGGCGGUAGUGCGUGCGUUCUUGUUUGCCUAGCGCCGGGGGAGCGCGUGCGUUCUUGUUUUUGCCUUGCAGCGAAGCGGAUGAAGGCGUUCUUGUUAGCCUAUAGCGUCGGCAAAAAUGCGCGCGCUCUUGUGUGCCUAGCGUCGGCGAAAAUGCGCGCUUUCAUGCUUAGCCCAUCGUCCGCGAGAUGGUUCGGGGAGUUGCCGUGA